CGACAGGCUUGACGACGGGCUGCGAUGCGAACGUGGCUGGUGAAUUCAGAUCAGCUACCUGGAUCGGCGCCGGGCAGUGGUUACUGUAGAAACAGCAUCUCACAUCACCAUUUUUCAGGGCUUGUCAUCAGGUUGUAUAUGGAUACUGUGGAGCCAUGCUAACAUAGCGAAGCGAAAGGAACCAUGUUGUUUCUCAUUCGAGAGUGAAGCAAAAUUGGAGCGAAUUUGUCGCUGGUUGGAUUUGUUGUCUCGCAUCACUUUCCGUUUAACCCUAGUCCUAAUCUGGCUGCCUUGUCACAUGAUCGUCUCUCACCUACCUGACUUCUGCUUCACCAACGACAAGCCCGCAAUAAGCUGGAGCCCAUAGACAUCAACAUCUUUUCCUCGACGCAUUGCGGUUUACGAGGCCCAAUUGUCGAAUCCCAGCCACAAUGUUUCCCGCUCGCAGAGCAGCUGUUCCUGCUCGUGCCCUCCUCCGCCGCCAGCAGCCUCGCCGCCUAGCCUCCGCAUCCCACCAUGCCGAGCCCGUGAACGAGAACUUUGGUCGCGGUUUUUACAUAUUCCUCGUAUCCGUUCCUAUAGGCUUAACCCUGUACAACUACUCCACAUCCGAUCCCAACAGCAAGCCAUGGAUGACCCGCCUGAUUGAAAACUACUUCCCCAAGGAGAGCAUGUGGGAGCAGCGGAACGCCCUUCAUACAGCCGCGAUCGAGCGAGCUGCCGCUGAUCGACAUCUAUUCCACAGCCAGAGCGCCUCCCUAAACCUGGAGCUGAGCUUUCCUGAAGCUUUCAACACCGGGGGGUGCAUGAAUGUACCUGCAGGUAACGCCCACGCGGAUCUCACAGCAAUUGUCGCCCAUUAUCAGGCGAAAAAUAAGAAGAUUGAAGAGGAACGUGUUGCUCGAAUGAAGGAUGGGAAAGUGGCCUCUAUCUAUGAAGAUGGUCGAUACUUCUAAUCCAAUAAAGUUGACAAUAAAGUUGAUUUACCUAAAAAGAAAAACAAAGAAGUAAAAGAAGUAAAGACGGGGCUGGAGUUCUCGAUUUUUUAUUCUUUUCUGACCCGCUCCCUGCAUUUGUUUCCUCAGCUAUUUUCCUCCCACUAGGUUUUAUUUGUUAUUCCGUUACCUCCCAUUUUUUUGUAUAUAUGUAUAUAUAUCAUGCAACCAUUAGCAUAAUCCCGAGAUGUGCAGGUGCUCGAUGCGUGACGUGAAAUGGGUGACCCUCGUUCAGCAUCUCGACCCCUGUCCAGAGCAUACCAUCCAACGAAACCAACAUUCGUGUCCUUCCUAAAGCGUUACUCCGUUGAUGGGGUUGAUCAAAGGACCUAAGAAUGCUCUUUCGUACCCUCCUCCUAUUAUACGAAAAUAAUGGUGCUGCAUGCACACCUCUCGAGCCGUUGUACGGCAACACCAGCCUAUCCAUACCCUUGUUAUUUUCCUUUCUAUUCUAUACGCUUUGUGCUAUGUGCUCCGGGGGAAAAAAUAGAAAAAAAGAAAAAUAUAAUAGAAAGAAUCUUUAAAGGGAA